GCUAAGUGGCUAAUGACCGAGGCGUAUAAUCCCCCUCAAAACAAGCACAAAGAUGCUAAUUGAAUCUCUCUAUAAAUAGGCUUGACUUCUGCCGCUCCUCCUUUACUAGAAGCGGCACCGCGAACUGGAAGACACCGUUCCGCGACUCACCCAGAUCCUACCGAGAAGUCAGUCGGUUUAGCGGUACAUUAUAUAACCGGUGUAUCCUCGAAUCAGUCAAGAGUGUUUGUGAAGCAAAAAGACGCGCGAUGGUGAUAUAAACAUACGCGCAGACUAGACAGACAAACUUAGCCAUGUUUCCUCUGCCGAUGUUCACACCUGAGCAGGUGGCUCGAGUCUGCGAGAAUCUGGAGGAGACGGGAGAUAUCGAGCGCUUGGGUCGCUUCCUCUGGUCGCUGCCCGCCGCCGUGCCCGGUUCCGCCGGCGAACUCCUCAACCGCCACGAGUCGGUGAUGCGCGCCCGCGCUCUUGUCGCCUUCCACGGCGGGAACUUCGAGGCUCUUUAUCAGAUCCUCCAGAGUCACCGCUUUACGCGGGAGUCCCACGCCAAGCUCCAGGACCUGUGGCUGGACGCGCACUACCGGGAGGCGGAGCGCCUGAGGGGGAGACCGCUGGGUCCGGUGGAGAAGUACCGCAUCCGGAAGAAGUUUCCCCUUCCUCGGACCAUCUGGGACGGCGAACAGAAAACGCACUGCUUUAAGGAGCGAACCCGUAGUCUCCUAAGGGAAUGGUACCUGCAGGAUCCCUAUCCAAACCCUUCCAGAAAGCGCUAUCUGGCUCAGGCCACCGGUCUCACACCCACUCAGGUGGGCAACUGGUUCAAAAACAGAAGACAGCGGGACAGAGCGGCUUCUGCCAAAAACAGACUGCAGCAAGAUCCGUCCCUCCAUCCCUCUGGAAGCUCUCCAGAAUGUUCCUCGGAGCACAACGCGCACCUCCAGGGCUCCUCACCGCAUCGUCCCGGGAGCCCGGAGGAAAACAGCGACUGCAGCUCGGGCACGGGGCCACGGGGGACCGGGGCUUCCACGCCGGACAUAUCCGUCAGCAGCGACAGCGAAUUUGAAUCGUGAAGAACGCCUUCGCCUGCGGACAGAAAAGACUUGAGAGUCUGAAGCGUCUGGAGGGCAGAGGACUGCUGCUUACACAUGCACUUAACGGAAAGACUGAGAAAUCAGCUCGAUUUGCUGUUUUAAAUCGCAAGAAAUCUGACUAAAAAGGACAAAGUUCUCAGUUACUCCCUUUUUCGUGUUUGGUCCGUUCCUGACCAAAGAGGAGCUACAACUGUAAGACUGGCACGUGCCAAAUCUCUUCAGGUUCAUUGGCUUUUCAAUCAUUCUAAUACUCAGGUGGCACAAAAUAUGAGACAUAUCACACAUAAGGACAUAUUAUGCAAAUUUUGUAUUGAAAGUCUAGCCUAGUUCGUUCAGCCAGGCCUUUCAUAGCACUAUGAACAUUGGUCAAAAACCAUGUUUGAACUGCAGAGACACACUGAAAACGGAAGACAGAAGUAACUUGCUGCUGUACGUUUUUAAGGAUAUAGUGUAGAAUAUGUCAGUUACUUGUGCAUUUUGUUGUUUUUUGUUAAAUGAGGAUUUAGGUCCAUUUACACAGGAAUAAAAUGAUGUAGUCUGGAUGAACAUAGAUUAACUGAUAUGUUAUGGAAUAUUAAUGCUGCUUACACUGAAAUACGCUGUGUAUUUAAGUACACUGUGAAAAUAUACCUUGAAAUCAACUUUCUGUACAUUUCAUUUCAGCAAAUGGAGUCACUCAGCUUUUUAUGUGCCUACAUUUUGAGGACGACAUCACACUGUAUGACCGUCCUUCAUUUGUCAUUUCCACACCCAUACUCAGUGAAGUCACA